AUGACUACUGGCAAUAACCCCCGAGAAUUUGUGAGGAUUUUAAAAAUUCUUUAUAAGGCAAAUGGUCUCCCUACCUUCAAUAUUCCUGAAGAAGUCUUCAACGCUCCAGGUUCAACUCCAACAACUGACCCUGUAGAGGAUGCCGACUCUACAUCCGACGACGACGAUUCCGCCACUGCAAUGCAGACUUCAGAUCCUGUUCAGGUACCUACAGCUCACAAGACUCUGCCUCCUAUGACCCCUACUUCUGCAACAGUUCCAGUUACUAACCAGGACAUCACCGUGAACGCCGCCGUGCUCACGGAUCUACUCUCAACAGCAAAGCCUGCUCCUCCAGCAACUUCAUCACAAGCCACCCAGACGCCGACGUCUCCUCUAUCGACAACUACCACAGUUCCACCUCUCGUGUGUGAACCCUCUCAACGCCCUAAAUCAGCUGCAGGUCCCAUUGAAGCCUCAACAGGCAAGAACUCAUCCCUCAAGAUUCACUGCAUCUACUUCUGA